CUGCUUCGCCGGAGCGAGGUCCUUCUGGCCCUUGACUACGACAACUUUAUGUGUCCAGAUCAGGUCUGAUAGGCGUCGAACGGCCGCAUCUAACUAGGUUGAAUAUAGGUAGAUUUUAUGGCAUUAUAGAAGCGCCCUUACCGCUGAUGUCAUUCAGAUCUAGGUCAGUAACGACUGCACCGUAAUCAUUGACCGAAUAAUGCUCUCCUAUUUACAAAAAGUAACUAGGUUAGAUAUAUUGAUACAGUGUUGUAUAGGUAGGUAGAUAUGGUUAUCAUCAGCCUACCGGAUUUGAAUAUCUACUAUGCAGGCACCUAUCUAUCGGAGACGGCCGUUGAUACGGGAUUGCCGGGUACCUGCGUGUGAACGGAUAACAGACUUUAACAGUAUCAAUGCUCUUAUCAUACUUUAUCUCUAUACCAGGGUAGCUUUAUCUAGAGCUUCUAGGAAGAUCCGAUCGUCGACACAACAUUAUCUACAUCAAUGUACCUAGUGUCGCCCUUUUUCUUUUUCAAGUAUAGGUACCUCGGUAAUGAUGGCAUAUAAAAGACAACUUAGCUGUCUGUCCACAUACUUGUACUUAACCAACCACUUCAUUUGAUAGCUUAGGUCAAAAUGUGGCUUCAACCGUGCUUUCGUGCUUCCUUCAUCUCCAUCUCCAUCUCCAUCCUUGCCAUCAGUCAUCCGGUUCUCAGUCAUGGAGGACACCCUCUCCACUCACGAGACCAAACACCCAUCGGCGACUCAACCCUUUCCAUCAAUGGCAUCCCCUUUAGUACCAGAGCGUACUGGAUGCGACGGGCUAACCUAGCCCUCGAUCACCCAUGUCCCUUUGCCGCCUUCGGGUCCGUGAUCGUGAACCACACGAGCUCCUCCGAACUCGGUGACCUCAUCUGUGAGGGCCAUAACAGUAUAAGUGCAACUGGAAACCCAACACUCCAUGGCGAAAUCGCAGCCAUAAACAACUGCACCGCCCUCCUCACCUCCCCCAGCGGUCCCUACCGCCUCUCCCCCAGCGCCGCCCAAGCCGCCCUCUCCUCCCUAUCCCUCUACACCAACGCCGAGAGCUGCCCCAUGUGCGCGUCCGCCAUCCGCUGGGCCGGCUUCCGCGAGUACGUCUACGGGUCCUCGAUCGACACGCUCAUCGCGCGCGGGUGGACGCAGAUCCGCAUCUCGUCGCUCGAGGUCUUUAGACAGUCGUUUGACUUGUCGGGGGCGAGCACGAGGCUGUUGGGGAAUGUGCUGGCUAAUGAGACGGAUGGGUACUUUGCGUGGCAGUUUGACGGGGGCGUGGAGUGUCCGGCAGGGUGUGAGAGGAGGAGUGAGGGGGGGAGGUGUGAGGCUGUGUGAGUAAGAUGUUAUGCUAUAAGGUGACUAAAAAUUCAUCCAUGCAUAUUAAACCUCUUAUGUUCAGAUAGACUCGUUAGAAUCAUAGAAUAUAAUCGUCGACUCCAUCAUUCUAGCUCAAAGACUCAUCGCCUAGGUAUCAAGUGCCUACGUAGGUAGAUAUAAGUGUCCCGUUACACUUCUUCCAUAACCUUAGCCUUCUUAACGCUCUCCUCUUCUUUCUUUUCAUUCUGUGCAAUCCCCCUUUC